GCAAGCAGUGUUUUUCUCUUUUCUAGCUCUUAAGCUAAGCUCAGUUUCUUCUCUCUGCUUUGUCUAUGGAAAAACGAGUAAGGCCAAGCUGGUACCGUGAAUCUCCUCCUAGGCAAGCACCUUUUGCUUUUGAGCCGGAGGACGAAAAUGAUGUGGUUGUUCUUCCCCAAGUGGACAACUCCGCACUCUUAGCUCGACUUCAGCUCAGCCUGGUGGGACGAAUGUUUCACCAAGGCGGUCGUAGCAUUGAAGCUCUGGUUUCUCUCCUCCCUAAGGAGCAUAUCUGGGAUGUUGAAGGGAGGGUUCGUGGCGUUUCUCUCGGAGAUUCUCGUUUCCAGUUCUUCUUUGAUUUGGAAGCAGAUCUUCAGAAGAUCUUAAGCAAACGACCUUGCCACUUCAACAAAUGGUCCUUUGCUUUAGAUAUUAAAUAGGGUACUUCUCAAAAUUCAAUUAUGAUUAAAAAAAUUAGUAUAAAAAUUUAAAUGUGGC